GUGGCCGGGGCGCGAGGCCUCCCACCAACGAACCCGUCGCCGUCCUUCCUUCCUUCCACUCUCUCGCUCGCUCUCUCUCUCGGCCCCCCCCCACCAUGGCUGGGCGCGCGAGGGACCCGCCGCAGCCUCAGCAGCCGCCCGGCAACAUGAUCACUUCCGGUAGGUCAGAGGGCAGAGGAAAGCGGGCGCCAGGUUUCUCUUCCCCCAACCCCCCAGCAGCAGCGGCUCAGGAGGUCAGACCUUCCACUGAUGGUAGCAGCAGCAGUUCCUCAUCAUCCUCCAAGAAGAGAAAGCUAAAUAGUAAUAGCAACAGUAGUGAGAGAGAAGAAGUGGAAUCAAUCUCCUCCUGCUCCUCUCUCCUUUCCAGAAACAACAACAAUUCCUCCUCCUCCUCUCUUAUUACCACUGCCUCCACUGCCUCCUGUUCCCCCUCAGGAGUUACUUCUUCCAAUCAUCAUCUGCAAAAGAAGUUACGCUUUGAGGACUCCUUGGAUUUUAUUGGACUUGAUGUGAAGAUGGCAGAAGAGUCUUCCUCUUCAUCAUCUUCGUCACCGGCUGCCUCCUCUCAGCAGCAACACCAGCAGCUCAAAAACAAAAGUCUCUUAAUUUCCUCAGUGGCUGUAGGACACCACGCAAAUGGCCUGACCAAAGCUGCCUCUUCCACUGUCUCCAGUUUUGCCAACAGUAAACCUGGGUCAGCCAAGAAGUUAGUGAUCAAGAAUUUUAAAGAUAAACCGAAACUGCCAGAAAACUACACAGAUGAAACCUGGCAAAAACUGAAAGAAGCUGUAGAAGCGAUUCAGAACAGUACUUCAAUAAAGUACAACUUAGAAGAACUCUAUCAGGCUGUUGAAAACCUCUGCUCCUACAAGAUUUCUGCAAAUUUGUAUAAACAAUUAAGACAGAUUUGUGAAGACCAUAUCAAAGCACAGAUUCAUCAGUUCAGAGAGGAUUCAUUGGACAGUGUUCUUUUUCUCAAGAAAAUAGACAAAUGUUGGCAAGACCAUUGCAGACAAAUGAUAAUGAUUAGAAGUAUCUUUUUGUUCCUGGAUCGAACAUACGUUCUUCAAAAUUCAAUGCUGCCAUCAAUUUGGGAUAUGGGGCUCGAAUUGUUUAGGACUCAUAUAAUUAGUGAUCAGAAAGUCCAGAAUAAGACCAUUGAUGGGAUUCUUCUGUUGAUUGAGAGAGAGAGAAAUGGAGAGGCUAUUGACAGGAGCCUUCUGCGUAGCCUUCUAAGCAUGCUUUCAGAUUUGCAGAUUUAUCAGGAUUCCUUUGAGCAUAGAUUUUUGGAAGAAACAAAUCGCCUAUAUGCAGCAGAAGGACAGAGGCUUAUGCAAGAGCGCGAGGUUCCAGAAUAUCUCCAUCAUGUCAACAAACGCUUGGAGGAGGAGGCAGACAGGAUUAUCACUUACUUGGAUCAAAGCACUCAGAAACCACUAAUUGCUACUGUAGAAAAGCAGCUGCUAGGUGAACAUUUAACAGCCAUUCUACAGAAAGGUUUAAAUCAUCUCCUGGACGAAAACCGAAUUCAGGACUUGUCUCUACUAUAUCAGUUGUUUAGUAGGGUUAAAAAUGGAGUGCAAGCACUUUUGCAGCAAUGGAUUGAAUAUAUAAAGGCCUUUGGCAGCACCAUUGUAAUUAAUCCAGAAAAGGACAAAACCAUGGUCCAAGAGCUGCUCGACUUCAAAGAUAAAGUUGAUCAUAUAAUUGACAUUUGCUUUUUGAAGAAUGAGAAGUUUGUCAAUGCCAUGAAAGAAGCCUUUGAAACUUUCAUCAACAAAAGACCAAAUAAGCCUGCUGAACUCAUAGCUAAGUAUGUAGAUUCAAAGCUUCGUGCAGGGAACAAAGAAGCCACUGAUGAAGAGCUCGAAAAGAUGCUGGAUAAAAUCAUGAUUAUAUUUAGAUUCAUCUAUGGAAAGGAUGUUUUUGAGGCCUUCUACAAAAAAGAUCUAGCGAAGAGGCUAUUAGUAGGCAAAAGUGCAUCAGUGGAUGCUGAAAAAUCCAUGCUUUCCAAACUCAAACAUGAAUGUGGGGCUGCUUUCACCAGCAAACUCGAAGGAAUGUUUAAAGACAUGGAGCUUUCUAAAGAUAUCAUGAUCCAAUUUAAGCAGUACAUGCAAAAUCAGAAUGUACCUGGAAACAUUGAACUGACAGUGAAUAUCUUGACUAUGGGCUAUUGGCCCACCUAUGUGCCUAUGGAGGUUCAUUUACCAUCAGAGAUGGUAAAAUUGCAAGAAAUAUUUAAGACAUUUUAUCUAGGAAAACACAGUGGCAGAAAACUUCAGUGGCAAUCAACUUUAGGACACUGUGUACUCAAAGCAGAAUUUAAAGAGGGCAAAAAAGAGCUGCAGGUCUCCUUGUUCCAGACUCUAGUGCUCCUGAUGUUUAAUGAAGGCGAAGAAUUCAGCUUAGAAGAGAUAAAGCAAGCUACUGGAAUAGAGGAUGGAGAGUUACGGCGGACCCUCCAGUCAUUAGCCUGUGGCAAGGCAAGAGUGCUCACGAAAAGCCCCAAAGGCAAAGAUGUGGAAGAUGGGGACAAAUUUACUUGCAACGAUGACUUCAGACAUAAACUGUUCAGGAUAAAAAUCAAUCAGAUCCAGAUGAAAGAAACGGUAGAGGAACAAGCAAGCACUACAGAGAGGGUCUUUCAGGAUCGGCAAUACCAAAUUGAUGCUGCCAUUGUGAGAAUCAUGAAAAUGCGCAAAAUGCUUAGCCACAACUUGCUUGUGUCUGAAGUGUACAAUCAGCUAAAAUUCCCAGUCAAGCCUGCUGAUCUUAAGAAGAGAAUAGAAUCGUUAAUUGACAGAGACUACAUGGAAAGAGACAAAGAAAACCCCAACCAGUACAACUACAUUGCAUAAACACACAAUGAGCCUUUUUUUCUGCACACGCGAUGUUCUCCUUGGUUGCUGGUGGAUAAACAAGCCCGUUGAUCCAAUUAAAUUAACCUUUUUCUACUACCAAUGACUGAAAUGAAAGCAACGUAUUGGGGGGGGUCAUAUAGUAGAGUGGACUUUUUCAGUGGCUUUAACAUGCCCAUUUAAAGAGUAGUAUUUACAUUUUUAAGAAGAAUGCUGUUGAACUCUUUGCAUGAUCUUCGGUAUGAUGUGCAGAAAACUGUAAGGAAGUAUCUGGUCUUUGUGAUUCCAUUUAACCCCUGGGUCUAAAGAGGAGCCUCUGUUAAGCAUACAGCUAUGUCCCUUUUUCCAUCUCAGAGGUGAAAUGUAACCUCUAAAUUUAAGGAUAGCCUUUUAAAAAUGCUUAAACUGCAUGCAAAUUUCUAACUACUAUACAGAAUUUUUAGAUUUGUUUAUCAGACAGCAGUGCCUGUGUGGAUUUGGCUGUCCUUCAAUGACAAAAGUCAACCUCAUGUUCCCACGAAUACUAAACUGUUCUGCAGCUGUCAGAAAACAAAUAGCCCAAGAAUGGACUUCUGUGGUUGAGAAAGCAUGUACCAUUCAUAGUCAGUCACCUACACUGCCUGGAUUUGUGCUGCAAAGGGUACCACGAAGGCCUAGGCAUUUAGACUCCUGAUGCUCUCUUCAUCCUCACAUGUAAGUACUUCUAAAAAAUGAAACCCAUUGUCAAUGUAAAAGCUGCCACUGGAGGGGACAAAUCCUUCCUGUCUGUCUCUCCCACCCCUCCAUGCAAAAGGAUAUUCUACCUCUGUUUGAAUACAGAAGUUAACAAUACCACUGUUGUUGGUUCAGGAUUUUUCCCUUCCCCAUGCAAAACAGUCCAGGGAUUUCAGGCUUCUUCUUUGGCAGAUUCCUACAUGGUGUUAUGUUAUGCCAGGAGAUAUGCCAGUUUAUGCCAGGUUUUCUUCAUUGGAGAAAACACCCUCGUUUGACAAUAGCACUGCUUUAGGUUAGGGGCCCUCCAGAUGUCAGUGAAUGCCAGUUCCUAUCAGCCACAGCCAUCCUCAGUGGCUGAGAGUGAUGGGAGUUGUAGUCCAGCAACAUUUGGGGGGCCACACAGAGCCAAGCCCCACUUUAGAGGGACAUUCCUCCAGCCAAUCGACCUCAACAUGAGCAAACCAGGUGUCACUGUCAGUCUCCGAGGAUGGUCCUCUCCCAAGCACAUGCAAUCAUAGCAAGAUAACCAGAGAGGUGUGAAAGGCAGGCUGCUUUCUAAAUCCUGCAGCCUUCCCGAGGUCUCGAGCAACAUUUCCCCCAUUUUUACACCUCUCACCUAAACCAAACUUGAUCAUCUUCUGCCAGCAAGAAAAGCCCUUCUGCUCCCAGCAUUCCCCAGCCAGCGUAGCCAGAAACUCUAGGCCUUUAUUUCUGCCUAAGCAUGAAUGCCCCCAUGGUACUGCACUGCCCCCCUCUUGCCCACCCUCCAUGCAGAAACCCCUCCUGGACAUUUUUAGACCUUAUCUAGAACAAAGAAGCAAUACUUCCAGCAGGCAAAACUGCUGCUCCCUGGACACUGACUAAACUUGCUUGGAGAGCUGUGUGUGCGGGAACGCUCUGGGGAGAUGGUGACUAAGAAUUCAUCACAAGUGUUUUAAAAAAAAUUGCCACUAGCAUAUGAUUUCCCAUGUAUGUGAUAUUUUGAUCCCCCCCCACCCCGAAUUGGAGGAGGUUGAAAAAUGUUCACAACAUAGGAGAGACGGAAGCAAAGGGUGUAGUGCUUUUGUGUGGGUUUGAAGCGGUGAAAUGAGGCUUAUGAUGGAAAAAUUUGAUGGGGGUUGGAGGAGUGAUUUCUUCACAGAUGGGCUUCAGUUAGAACCACAGGACUUGCCAUGAAACGUCCUUUGGUCCGAUAACUAAAGUCGUCACCCCAAGGCACCCCAGAUUUUGAAGAGUGCUGGCAAUUUGGAUCAUGCCAUCCUGUACCCACAUUUUUGUGGCACCAAAGGCAGUGCAUUAACACAUGGCUAAGGAGAACAUGAACAGAGCCUGUUUCUCAAGUUCUUGAGAAAACCAGCCACACCCUCGUUUACUAAUUUUCCCAGGGAGCAUCGCUAAAUCAUUCUCUCUCUCUGCCCCUGAUUGAUGUUCAGAUAUGGCAAAAACUACUUUCCAGCCAUAUUGUCCAGCAGCUUCUUACUGCUGGAAUCACGUGCCUGCUUUAUUGAGCCAUAAAGAUAUUUAUAAUAGAUAUUAUAUAUAAAUACAUUUUUUGCCGUGGGCUUUAGACUAUAACCCACACAGCUUAUCUGGCCAUACAUUUUUAAAUCUUUCCUCUUGUUGCAUGCAGUUUAUAGCUGCCUCAUUUAUAAGAAAUUGCCAUUUAUUCUGAUAAAUAUUUUAGUUUGGGAUUUUGGUUUUUUUUUUUUUAAAUAAAAAAGCUUUAUACCCAACAGAUUGAAUUAUUUUUUUUUUCUUGGCUGGUUUAAAUACAUUUAAGAAAGUGGCCGUUUUGUUUCAAAACUAAUAGCAAAAAUUAGUUUUGAAAAAUUAGUGUUGUAAAAAUUGUUUUGUUCUAUAGCUUACACAAAGGUGCCAAAGUACAUAUAGUUAAUUAAAAAGUAAAGUUAGAAACUUGUUAAGUUUACUUUAGCUGUGGUUUUACCUUUUUGAUCUUUCAGAUGCUCAUUUUAUGUGUUUGCGCGUGCACACAUUUCUGUAUGUGUCUGUGUGUCCUGGUCUCUUAACUUCUCCAAAGCAUACCAUCUGUCCUAAUGCUUUAUCUUUAAAACAAACGUUUCUGUGCAUUUGGAGACACCACUUUUACUUUUAGUGAUUUCAUAUAAUAGGGUGAGCAUCUCCUUUUUUCAAAAAUGUUUAAAGUUCUAAGAGUACAGCAGCAUUCAAAAAUGUAAUAUACUUUUUGUAUAAAAGACAUUCUUCAGAAGAGUACCAUUGGAGUUUUGGGGAGGGGAGGGGCGGGGCAGAAAAUACCCUGUUCCUUUUAAGAAGCCUCUUCAGAGGCUGUUUAGAAUAUGAGGUUGUGCUUGUUCACUGCGUAGAAAUGUUACACAGGUCUGCAAAUGGGGCAUGUCAGCAUUACGUCCUUCAGUUUUAAAGAAAAAAUCAGAUGUUUCAUAAGAAGUCAGCAGAUGGGUACAGAGUAUCUUCUUUGGUAAAUAAUGUAAAUAUAUGUCCUUUAAAAAGAGUGAGUCUGUUAUCUAGGUAUUUUGUGUCAUUUAAUAAAUAAUAAACAGUU